CUGUGUUCUCUCUAGAAAGUGCCUUUGUAUUGUAAUAUUGGCAUUGUAGACAGCAGAAACCCAGAAAUUGAGCCGAAAACGAUGAGUUCCCAAAAUGGUUAUGAGAGCCAACAAAAGCAACCGCAAGGUGAAAAGGUUACUCAAGUGGGAUGGUAUGUUCUCGGAGAGAAUCAACAACAGGUCGGUCCUUAUGCCUUCUCAGAGUUGCGCGAGCAUUUCUUAAAUGGAUAUCUUUCGGAAAAUACACAUGUGUGGUCUGAAGGAAGAAGUGAGUGGGAGCCCUUGUCCUCAAUUUCUGAAUUGUGGGCUGAAAUUAAUCAACAGGGAACUGAUUCUUCAACUGCAGUUUCUGCACAUGAUGUUGAUGAGUUUGAAAGAUGGCAAAAUGAGAUUAAGGAGGCAGAGGCACAAGCGGAAGGUUCAGAAUUCGGAUCCUUUUCCGGCAACGUUGUCAGUGGUGUAGCAGGAGAAGAUUCUGACAGACCUUCAACACCACCUGAGGGUGAAGAAGAAUUUACCGAUGAUGAUGGGACUAAAUAUAAGUGGGACAGGAAUCUUAGGGCUUGGGUUCCCCAGGAGUAUGGAUCUGGCAGCAGUGAGCCUUAUGGGGUUGAAGAGAUGACCUUCUUGCAAGAAGAGGAAGUUUUUCCAAAGGUACCUGAUUCUGAAGCCUCUGAAAAGUUUGAAGAUAGUUCAAAAUUGAGUGUUUCUACGGCUUCCUCAAAGGAAGAAGAAAAUAAAGAAAGUAAAGAAAAUAAAGAAAAUAAUACCAAUGCCAUAGCAGAUGGAAAGAGGAAGCUUUCAGAUACAGAAGCUGACAAGAAGGAAGCUAAUAAACCUCCUGAUAGUUGGUUCGAAUUAAAGAUCAAUACUCAUGUUUAUGUCACCGGCUUGCCUGAGGAUGUUACCACUGAUGAAGUUGUGGAGGUAUUUUCCAAGUGCGGAAUUAUAAAGGAGGACCCAGAAACCAAAAAGCCUCGUGUGAAGAUCUAUGUUGAUAAAGAGACAGGAAGGAAAAAGGGAGAUGCUUUGGUUACGUAUCUUAAGGAACCAUCAGUGGCUCUGGCAACCCAAAUUUUGGACGGAACACCUCUUCGCCCUGGUGGCAAGCUUCCUAUGUCUGUCAGCCAGGCUAAAUUUGAGCAGAAAGGAGACAAGUUUGUAUCCAAACAAGUAGACAAUAAAAGGAAAAAGAAAUUGAAAAAGGUGGAAGAAAAAAUGCUUGGAUGGGGUGGUCGUGAUGAUGCAAAAGUUUCAAUUCCAGCAACUGUUAUCCUUCGUUAUAUGUUCACUCCAGCUGAAAUGAGGGCUGAUGAAAAUUUGCGUUUAGAACUAGAAAAAGAUGUUAAAGAGGAAUGUGUCAAGCUUGGUCCUGUAGAUGCAGUCAAGGUAUAUGAGAAUCAUCCUCAGGGGGUUGUUUUGGUAAAGUUCAAGGAUAGGAAGGAUGCUCAGACGUGCAUAAAUUUGAUGAAUGGAAGAUGGUUUGGUGGUAGACAGAUACAUGCCAGUGAAGAUGAUGGUGUAAUUAACCAUGCCUCAAUCCGGGAUCUUGAUGAAGAUGCUUAUCGGCUGGAGCAGUUUGGUGCGGAACUUGAAGGUGAAUGAGUUAAUGAGAAUGAUACUGCUCCAGAUUGACAGUUCCCAAAUAAGUCCGCAUCUGGGAAUACUUCAAGAUAGCUGAAGCUUUUGGAUUACUCGAUCAUCACUUCUCUCGAUUUUGCAAUGAUAUAUUAGUUUUUAAUGAUAUAAUUGCAAACAAAAUAGAGGAGGACUGACCUUCCUAUUUUGGCUAGCUCAUCUUAUUUGGAAAAUUGUAAUAUACCCUGCUGCAGCAUGCAGAUUGUGACACAUGGCAAUGCAGUCAAAUUUGAACUGUUUGAUUAAUUUUUAGAAGUUAUUUGAA